CCUGCUCGGCGGAGUAAACAUGACGGUGUUCUUCACGCAGCAGCGCUAAAAGCAAACUUCACUACAUAAUUCAUCACCCAGGCUAUUGUGUUUGACUAAACCCGAGACAAACUGUGAGUGAGGAAUUAACAGAAGCUUGUGGUUAAGUGUUUGCCAGCAGCGCCUCGCCGCUCCGCUAAUAUCAGCUAAAGCCUGUUGGACUGACUGUCUUCUCCUGCGAUGCCUCUGCUGUUCCUGGAGAGGUUUCCAUGGCCCAGCCUGCAGACUUACACCGCACUGAGUGUGCUCUUGCUGGCCGGCAGCAUCUUCAGUGCCUUCACUACUGUCACCGACCCCGGGUUCGGGGCUUUUGAUGGGGAUGAUACACCAGCUCUGUCUCUAGUCAAUUACGAACAUUUAAGCAGUGCUGUUAGUAACAAAGAGUUGGCAACUACUGUGCUGUGGUAUCUUGUUACUGACAGUCUUUUUGUAUGGGUAUUAGUCAACACAUUCUGCUGCUCAUUGAUGUUAAUUGCUAAAAUGAUUCAGUAUGUGGUGUUUGGCCCACUCAGAGUCAGUGAGAAGCAGCACCUCAAAGACAAAUUCUGGAACUUCAUAUUCUACAAAUUUAUUUUCAUCUUUGGAGUAUUGAAUGUCCAAACAGUCGAGGAGGUGGUAAUGUGGUGUUUAUGGUUCUCAGCCCUGGUCUUCCUCCAUCUCAUGGUUCAGCUAUGCAAAGAUCGUUUUGAAUAUCUGUCUUUCUCCCCUUCGACUCCUAUGAGCAGCCAUGUGAGAGUGCUUUGUCUGCUGGUCUCCCUGCUCAUGGACUGCUGUGGUCUGGCUGUGGUCUGUGGUCUUUUAGGAGCUUCCCAUGGCAUGCACACCCUCUCCUUCAUGGCUGCAGAGUGCUUGUUGGUUACUGUCCGCACUGGGCAUGUUAUCAUGCGAUACUCCAUCCAUCUGUGGGAUUUGAACCAUCCGGGGACGUGGGAGAGCAAGGGCACAUAUGUCUACUACACAGACUUCAUCAUGGAGUUGGCGAUGCUCUUUCUUGACCUGAUGCACCACAUCCAUAUGCUGCUUUUUGGUAACAUCUGGCUGUCCAUGGCAAGCCUGGUUAUCUUUAUGCAGCUGCGAUAUCUCUUCCACGAGGUCCAGCGCCGCAUCCGCAGACACAAAAACUACCUUCGUGUCAUCAACAACAUGGAGGCCAGAUUUGCUGUUGCUACUGCAGAAGAGCUGGCAGCCAAUGAUGACGACUGUGCCAUCUGCUGGGAUGCCAUGCUGACCGCACGCAAACUACCCUGUGGUCAUCUCUUCCAUAACUCCUGUUUACGCUCGUGGCUAGAGCAGGACACAUCCUGUCCCACUUGUCGGACGUCACUGAACAUUAACGGAGACGGUGGCCCGGUGAGGAGCCAGCAGCAGGGUGGCGGUUUGGAAGACAAUAUCGGCCCAGCUGGAGCCGCUCCAGAUGCUAGACCCCACAUCAAUCAACACAAUCACUUCUUCCACUUUGAUGGAUCUCGCAUUGCCAGCUGGCUGCCCAGUUUUUCAGUAGAAGUGAUGCACACCACUAAUAUUCUGGGCAUGGCUCAGGCCAACAACUCCCAGCUUAUGGCCAUGGCCCAUCAGGUCCAGGAGAUGUUUCCUCAAGUGCCCUCCUACCUGGUAAUGCAGGACCUGCAGCUGACCCGCUCUGUGGAAGUAACUACAGACAACAUUCUGGAGGGCCGCAUCCAGGUGCCUUUCCCUACGCAGGCCAUAGAACAUGGUCCUUCACACGUGAACCCCUCUCCAGAUGAGCAGGCAGGUCCCAGUGGGGCGGCUGAACAGAACCUUAAUGAGUCGGAUAACAUGGAGGUCAGAGGUGGCCGCUUCUCCAAGUCAGCGGAGGAGAGGCAGAAGAUGUUAAAACAGAGGAAGGAAGAGAUGCUCCAGCAAGCUCGCAGGAAAUACAUGAACAAAACGUCCGACGAGCAGGAGGAGGAUUUGCCCAGACUGGAGGAGGAUUUAUUCGCAGAUCUGAACUCAACUGUGCUGAGACGUAGAACCAUGGCAGCAGCUGCAGAAAGGCGCAUGCAAAACCAGCAGGAUCCUGCACCCUGAUGUACAGAUUAGCUUAAGCAGGAGUGCACCACCUCAUUAUCCCAAGAGGCAACAACAGAGCUAUUUCAACCUUGCCCCAUUUGGUGUAGUCAAUGGUCGUCACCUAUUCAAAACUGUAAUUAAAAAGCAUUGCAAACAUGGCCUGUGGACUGUUUGGGCUGACUAAAGAAGGUGAGACGGUUGGGAGUGGCCUCUGCAUCACUGAUCCAUUGAGUAUUUGGAGCGUUUUAUAAAUUUGUGGGCAAAAACCUACUCGUGUAAGGUUGCAUUGCUCUUUCAUUCAUGUGCCACAACAUGGAGCCACCAGCUUAAACAGACGAUGCCUGUCAUGAUUUUGACUUGCUGUCAAAAAUGAGAAAGAAAAAAAAAUAUGAGUGUGGGUGGAAGGUCUUACAUGAGUAUUACAUGAGUCUUGGGGUUUUUAUUUAGUUUAUUUUUCUUACGUUUGGUCAUUUCUUUUGCUGAUGACAGAAAGCUCAAUAUUUCAGAUGAAAAAACUCAUCUGAUGUUUGUGUAUUGAGUUUCAAUGGUGAAUUCAGUAGCAACAUGUUUUUAUUUCUUACUUUUGGAGUAAGAGAAUGUCACUUUAGUAUUGGUCAGACUUUCUGUCAACUAUGAAUGUUUCUAUUAACAUGCUGCAAACAGUGUUUUUACCCGCAUGGGCUGUUCUGUGUUGACUGUGUUAAAUCACCCCUUGCAUACAGUUUGGAUAUUGUUCCCCAACAAAAGGGGGAAGUUGGCACAUUCACCUUUUGUUUUCCAGUGCCGGCACCCUUAAAUACAUUGGCAAAAAAUGGGGAUGCAUUACAUGUCGUUCAAGAGAAUAGAAAAUCCUUUUGCACAUUUAUCAAACCCGUUUAAACGUUUUAUUACACAAUUCAGUUAACUUUUGACGUUUCGCUCGUUUUCUAUGCUGUGACUUUGACUUGAUGCUGCUUCAUACAGAUUCUUAUUCAAGAAAAGGAAUCUGUAUGAAGGAAUGUUUGGGUAAUCCACUUGUGCAGUCUUUGUCAACUCAUAGGUGCACAGGUACUCGAAGUGCUACUUGGAGAAACCAUGAUGGCGGAGAAAUAAUCAUCCUCUGUUAUUUAUGUUACGUGCAGCACUGGACAACACAUCCUCGCCUCUUGAAACUCUUUGGGGAAUAAUCAGAUUUCACUAGAUCUGAUUGGUUGAAACACAUCACUGGACAUGGAAGUGGAGACUGUAUUAUAAUAACUUCUUAGAUUUUUGUCAUUACAGUUUAAAAGGCAGUUUGGGUGAGAGAUGCAUGGAAUAUAGACGAGCGAUUUUAUUUCCCUUCCACUUAAUCCCAAAGAUCAGCCCACAAACUUCCAAUAGUAGCUGAGGUUUUGUGAUCUUUAUUGCGUGUUGAUUUUAUUGCUCAUUCUCUGUUUUGGUGUGCAAGUAUGCACAUUUAGGAUUUAGAUUUUAAAAAUGAGUUAGACAAAUACGUUGAGUUUUUUUAAAUCACUGGAAAGCUUUCAUUUUCAGUUCAUUCAUUUACUUUGCAACUUCAAAAUCCAUGAUGUAUUUUCGUAUUCAUGAAUUACCUUUUAAUAACCAUUGCUAUUUAAUCAAAACAUAAAUCUAAUUUUCUUUCUUUUUUUUUUUUUUUUUUUUUUUUUUUAGAACUGAGCUUUCCUGUAUUUGUGCCUAACUCAAGGAUGGUUCAGCUAAGGAUAACUUCUGUAAAUCUAGUUUUUGUAAAUGAUGUUAAUAUGGAAAAACUCAAUAAACAGAGCUUCUGCAGCUUUUUAACAAGCAA